AAGAAAAUGACGGAAAGCUCUGAUAAUGGAUUAGACGGUGGAGAUAAUUCUGAAGAAACAUGUUGGGUAUUAUAUCAGGAACGUGAGGAAUGGAAAGAUGUGACUCCUGUGCCUCAGGAUGACGGUCCUCAUCCUAUUGUUGCAAUUGAUUAUUCUGCCAAAUUUCAGAGUGCAUAUGAUUAUUUCAGAGCUAUUCUAAAAUCUGGUGAAAAGUCAGAGCGUACAUUAGCUUUAACAGAAGAUUGUAUCAGGCUUAAUCCAGCAAAUUACACAGUAUGGCAAUAUAGGAGAGAAAAAAUAAUAUAAUAUAAUUCUAAAAACUAUCAAGUUUGGCAUCAUAGAAAAGUUAUUGUUGAAUUCCUUCAAGAUGCUAGUGGAGAAUUAGAAUUUACAGAAAAUAUGUUAAAAAAAGAUGCAAAGAAUUACCAUGUUUGGCAGCAUCGUCAAUGGUGCAUAAAAAAGUUUAAUUUGUUCGAUGAGGAAUUGAAGUAUGUAGAAGAAUUAUUGGAUCAAGAUGUUCGGAACAAUUCUGCUUGGAAUCAACGUUAUUUUGUAAUAAGUAAUACAACGGAAUUUGAACAAAAUAUAAUUGAUAGGGAAAUUGAUUACACCUUGAAUAAAAUACAGUUAGUGAAAGGCAAUGAAAGUGCUUGGAAUUACCUUAGAGGUGUUUUGGUGAAUGAUAGCAGAGGUUUGGGCUGUAAUGAGAAAGUAAGAAGGAAAUGUGAAGAGCUAUACCAUGAUGGUUUCCGUACCAGUCACUUACUGGCAUGUAUUAUUGAUAUUUGUGAUGAAAGAUCAAUAUCAGAUGAAUCACCAAAUUCAAUAUUUCAUAUUAAUAAUGCUCUUAAGCUGUGUAUAGAAUUAUCUGAGAAACAUGAUAAAAUAAGAAGGAAAUACUGGCAGUAUAUUGCUUACAAGUUGUCAAAUAAAUUGAAAUCAGAAUCUUUCACGAAAUCAGAGUCUUGUCAGGCGGUUUAA